AUCUAUUGUAUUGUGUCAAUGUCCACGGUUAAUUUUUAUUCUCUGUGAUUAUUUGUGUAAUUAGAGUUAAUUAACUUAUUUAAAUCUUAAUUUUGUGUAUAUAAUUAGUUUCAAGAGUUAACCAGGAGUUGAUUGAUACUACGGACAUCGAAGUAAAAGUUUGAUUGGACUAGAAUAAUAGCCGCUGUCAUGGAAGACGAGAUUGAUGAGGAAUAUGUGGUUGAGAAAGUACAAGAGACUAAAAGAACCCGUGGUUCAAAGUGUGACCCUGACGGCGGAGGCAAUGCUGUUGCCGGGGGCAGUGGCAGUGGGAGUGGGGGUGUGAGCGAAAAGAAGAAGAAAAAGUCGAGCAAAACGAAAUCAGUUCCUUCGAUAAAAAUCAAACUUGGUUCAAUUAGUACAAGUAACAAGAGGAAAAAGACCGCUAGUUCAGAUGAAGAUGAAACUUUAAGUGAACCCAACAAAAGUGAUGUUGAAUUUGAGGCAGCCCUGCAAGAGGCUGAAGCUGCCUCACCACCGCCAGUCAGUGAUAAAAAGAAAAAGAAGAGUAAACAGUCAAAGAAGAAAAAGAAAACAAAAACCACGGCAAGUUUUGAUUCAGCUGCCGGUUCUGACAGUGAAGGGUAUGAGACGGAUCAUCAGGACUAUUGUGAUGUUUGUCAACAAGGAGGUGAAAUAAUUCUUUGUGAUACUUGUCCUCGAGCCUACCAUUUGGUGUGUCUGGAGCCGGAAUUGGAGGAGGCACCCGAGGGAAAAUGGAGUUGUCCACAUUGUGAAGGAGAGGGUGCCCAAGAAGCCGAGAUUGAAGAACCACCGGCGAAAGAUGAUCAUCAUAUGGAGUUUUGUCGAGUGUGUAGAGAUGGUGGUGAAUUAUUAUGUUGUGAUCUGUGUCCGUCUGCUUAUCACACUUUCUGUCUCAAUCCACCUCUACGAGUUGUCCCUGACGGUGAAUGGACAUGUCCACGUUGUUCGGUUGAACCAUUGAAAGGCAAAGUAGCUAAAAUAUUAACAUGGAAAUGGGUUAUGCCUGAAAUGGAUGAAGACGAAAAUGAAGGAAAGAAAGGCGAAGGUGGAGAAAAGAAAAGCGAUGAAUCAAACAUUCCAGCAGCUCAACCAUCGACCAGUAAGAAACACCAACCGAAGCCUUUACGUGAAUUUUUCGUUAAAUUUCACGACAUGUCUUAUUGGCAUUGCCAGUGGAUCUCUGAGUUACAAUUAGACGUAUUCCAUACAUCCAUGUUCCGUAUUUAUUGUCGUAAAAACGAUAUGGAUGAACCACCGAUAAUCGACAUGGACACACUGGAAGCGAGGAAAAGGUCGCGAGCCAAGCAAGAGGAGGAGGCAGAAGAGUUGGAUGGUGAAGGUGAAAUUAAUGCUGGAACCGGGAAGAAACGAGUGGAGAGAAAAGUUUAUGUUGAUGCUGCUCUGGAGGAGAGAUAUUAUCGAUAUGGUAUUCGACCUGAAUGGUUGCAAGUGCAUCGCGUUAUUAACCAUAAACAAAUGAGAGACGGGAGUUACUUGUAUCUUGUUAAAUGGCGAGACCUUGGUUACGAUCAGGCAUCUUGGGAGUACGAGGAACAGGAAGACUUUGAAAUACCAGAGAUGAAGAGAGCAAUCCAAGCAUAUUGGGAUCUGCGUUCAUCGGUUGAGAUUUUGCAUGGAGGUGGAAGCAGUAAAAAGUCAAGUAAAAAGUCAAACAAAAAGUCAAAAAACAGAGACACCGAUAGUAGUGUUGAAAGGUUUUAUGCUCCGCCGCCGGAUAAACCGACAGUUGAUCCUAAAAAGAAGCACGAGAAACAACCGGCUUAUAUUGAUGUGACCGGAAUGGAACUGCACCCAUACCAAUUGGAAGGUAUUAACUGGCUUCGAUAUUCUUGGGCACAUGGAACGGACACUAUUCUGGCCGAUGAAAUGGGUUUGGGGAAGACAAUCCAAACGAUAGUGUUUCUUUACUCUCUUUACAAAGAGGGUCACUGUAAAGGUCCUUUCCUGGUGUCUGCUCCUUUGUCGACAAUCAUCAAUUGGGAGAGAGAAUUUGAAGUUUGGGCACCGGAUUUCUAUUGUGUAACAUACAUCGGAGAUAAAGACUCUCGAGCAGUGAUUCGGGAGCACGAACUGAGUUUCGAAGAAGGAGCCGUUCGAGGAGGUUUCAAGGCCUCUCGAAUACGGAAAGAGUGUCCAAUUAAAUUUCAUGUACUUUUAACAUCAUACGAGUUGAUUUGUAUUGACAAUGCGACUCUUGGUUCGGUUGAUUGGCAAGUGUUGGUUGUGGAUGAAGCUCAUCGACUGAAAAACAAUCAAUCUAAAUUUUUCCGAAUCCUUAAUCAAUAUAAGAUUGCAUAUAAACUUUUACUGACUGGAACACCUUUACAAAAUAACCUGGAAGAAUUGUUUCAUUUACUAAAUUUCCUGAGUCCAUCUCGUUUUACUGACUUGCAAGGUUUUCUUAAUGAAUUCGCUGAUAUUGCUAAAGAAGAACAAGUAAAGAAACUUCAUGAUAUGCUUGGUCCUCAUCUUUUGCGUCGAUUGAAAGCCGAUGUAUUAAAAGGAAUGCCAACUAAAAGUGAAUUCAUUGUUCGAGUGGAUUUGAGUCCAAUGCAAAAGAAAUUUUAUAAAUACAUUUUGACUCGUAAUUUCGAGGCUCUCAAUACGAAAGGAGGAGGUCAACAAGUUUCCCUGAUCAAUAUUAUGAUGGAUCUAAAGAAAUGCUGUAAUCAUCCUUAUCUUUUCCCGGUUGCUGCUCAAGAAGCACCGUUAACAGUGAAUGGAGCUUAUGAGGGGACCGCAUUGACCAAAGCGGCAGGAAAGUUGAUUGUGUUGCAGAAAAUGUUGAGAAUACUUAAAGAUACUGGACAUCGAGUUCUUGUUUUCUCACAAAUGACCAAAAUGUUGGAUAUACUGGAAGAUUUCCUGGAAGCGGAAGGUUACAAGUAUGAAAGGAUUGAUGGUGGAAUCACCGGAUCCCAGAGACAAGAAGCAAUUGACAGGUUCAAUGCUCCAGGAGCAGCACAAUUUUGUUCUUUAUCAACUCGAGCUGGAGGUCUGGGUAUUAAUUUGGCGACUGCAGAUACUGUGGUGAUCUAUGAUUCCGAUUGGAAUCCUCACAAUGAUAUUCAGGCAUUUUCUCGAGCCCAUCGUAUUGGUCAGUCAAAUAAAGUGAUGAUUUACCGAUUUGUGACCCGAGCAUCUGUAGAGGAGAGGAUUACCCAGGUAGCCAAGAAGAAGAUGAUGUUGACCCAUUUGGUGGUGCGACCAGGAAUGGGAGCUAAGAAUACAAUGUCGAAGCAAGAACUGGACGACAUUCUCAAGUUUGGUACGGAAGAAUUGUUUAAAGAAGAGGAAGGGAAAGAAGAGUCGGCAAUUCAUUAUGAUGAAGAAGCAAUUCGAGGAUUAUUGGAUAGAUCGCAGGAAGGAAUAGAACAGAAGGAGCUUUGGGCGAACGAGUAUCUUAGUUCGUUUAAAGUGGCCGCAUAUGCGACGAAAGAAGCGGAAGAGGAAGAACCAGAAACGGAGAUUCUCAAGCAAGAUGUUGAAUCUGCUGAUCCUGCUUAUUGGGAGAAACUUUUACGACAUCAUUAUGAGCAGCAACAAGAAGAUUUGGCUCGAACCUUGGGUAAAGGUAAACGAGUACGAAAACAAGUUAAUUAUAACGAUGCUGCAGGAGGUCAAGAAGAGCAGAAUUGGCAAGAUAAUGGCUCUGAAUAUAAUUCCGACUUUUCUGUUCCAACCGAUGAUGAUGACUUUGAAGAAAAGACGGAAGAAAAAACUGGUCGACGAAGAGGGAAAAACGAAAAGACCGAAAAGGACAAACCAUUACCACCUCUCUUGGCAAAAGUUGGUGGUAUUAUCGAGGUUUUGGGUUUCAAUCAUCGUCAAAGAAAAGCUUUUCUCAAUGCUAUCAUGAGGUACGGAAUGCCACCUCAAGAUUCAUUCAAUUCUCAGUGGUUGGUUCGUGAUCUUCGGUGUAAAUCGGAGAGAAAUUUCCGAGCAUAUGUGUCACUAUUUAUGCGGCAUCUUUGUGAACCGGGUGCUGACAAUUUGGAGACAUUUGCUGAUGGUGUUCCUCGUGAAGGAUUAUCCAGACAACUUGUUCUCACACGAAUUGGUAUCAUGUCUUUGAUACGAAAGAAAGUUCAAGAGUUUGAACAUAUUAAUGGUGCACGAAGUAUGCCCAUACCAGAAGCUGUGGUUACUGAGAUUCCAAAAGAGACAAAUGGUACAAAAGAAAACUCAUCUACUCCAUCAUUAUUAUCGACACCAAAUGAUAGUAAAGCUGCUACACCUCAACCAAUAUCGGGAGAAGCUAAAGAAGAGAUUGGACAGAAUGAGAAAGAUGUUGAUAUGAAAGGAAAUAUUGUCGAUGGGAAAGAGGUGGAAAAGGAAAGUGUAAAGGAAGGGUUGGCAAAAGAAGAAGGUGAUGAUAUUACAAUGAAGGAAACCGAAGGAGAAGGAGGUGAAGAGAAAGAAAAAGAAAAAGACUCUGAAAGUGAAGAAAAAUUGGAAAAAGGAAAAAACAAAGACGAGGAAACGGAAAAGAUUGGCGAUGAAGAUGAAGAAAUUAAAGAAGGAGAAGAGGAGGAAGAAGAAGGAGAAGAAGUGGAAGAAAUUGAUGGAGAAAAAGUCAAAGAAAAGUUAGAAAAUGAUGAAGAAGAAGAAGUUGAACAAAUUGAAUGUGAAGCUCAAAUCGAAGAAGGAGUUAAAGACAAAGACGGAGAAGAAAAAGAAAAAGAAAAAGAAGACUCAAAAGAAGAAGAAGACAAAAGUGCUGAAGAAGAAAAAGACCUAGACGAAAGUGAAGAAAUGAAAAAAGAAGAUAAAAUAAUGAAAGAUAAUGAUGGCGAAGGCGAUGAAGAGAAAAUGGAAAUUGAUGAAGAAAAGAAAGAUGAAGAUGAAAGCGAAAAUUUGGAAAAACUCGAUGAAAAAGACGAAAACGACAAAAGUAAAGAGUCGAUAGAAUCUAAUGAACCUGAAGAACUGACAACAAAAACAAACAAGAACAAAGAAUCAAGUGAAACAACAACAACAACAACAUCGGCAAAUGAAGAGACAAUUAAGCAAGAAAUCAAAGUUGAACCCAAAGAAGACAGUGAAUUAGUAACUGAAAAUGGUGAUCAACAAGUCGCACUACAAUUGCAGAAACAAAAACAACAAUCACAAUCACAAUCACAACAACCAAAGAAAGAGAAGGAAAAAGAAAAAGAAAAAGAGAAUGAACUGGAAAUGGAAAUGGAGAAGGAAAAUGAACCAGAAAAACGUCGAUUUAUGUUUAAUAUCGCCGACGGCGGAUUCACCGAAUUACAUACACUGUGGACGAAUGAAGAAAGGGCAGCUCAGGGUAGAGAAUAUGAAAUUUGGCAUCGUCGACAUGAUUAUUGGCUUCUAUCUGGUAUCGUUAAACAUGGUUAUGGACGUUGGCAAGACAUUCAAAAUGAUCCAAAUUUCAUGAUAAUCAAUGAACCUUUUAAAAUGGAUGUUGGUAAAGGAAACUUUUUAGAAAUUAAGAACAAGUUUCUUGCUCGACGAUUCAAGUUACUUGAACAAGCGCUGGUAAUUGAGGAGCAAUUGCGACGAGCUGCUUAUCUGAAUUUAAUUCAAGAUCCAACCCACCCAGUGAUGGCAUUGAAUUCCCGAUUCGCCGAGAUGGAGUGUUUGGCUGAAUCGCAUUCACAUCUUUCCAAAGAAUCUCAUUCUGGUAAUAAACCAGCGAAUGCAGUUCUACAUAAAGUCCUUAAUCAACUGGAGGAACUUUUAAGUGAUAUGAAAUCGGAUGUUUCUCGUUUACCUGCAACAAUUGCUCGAAUACCUCCUGUAGCACAGAGACUUCAAAUGUCCGAGCGAGGCAUUUUAUCCCGAUUAACUGGACAACCCCAACAAUUACAACAACCACAACAACUACAACAACAACCUCAAAUUUUUAUCAAUUCCGGUGGUGGAGAUCAACAUCAACAAUAACAAUAGUAACAAUAGUAACACUAAAAAUAACAACAACAACAACCUUAAGAAUAAUAAUAAUAAUGAAUGAAAUGAAAAUCAAUCUGAAAAGAUUAUUAUUAUUAAUCAACUUAAUUCUAAACUAAAGAAAAUAAUAUUAACUGCAUGUUAAUUGGUCAUUAUUAUUGAUGAUUAUAGUUAACUGAUUCUUUGUCAAAUCUACUCAUUCACAAUCUUUUCACACUUCCAUUGAUACAAAAUCCUAUCAAUCUGAUUUGUUCAUUUUCACAUUUUUAUCCAUUCAAAUUCCUAAUCACAAACAAAACCUCAUGUAUGAUUAUUUCCUAUGACAGUUUACAUAAAACUCAUCAUAAAUGUCAUUAUACCAAGUA